AUGCUCAACAAAUCAAAUUGUGUAUCUGUUCGAUCGAAUAAUAUAGAAUUUAAAAUUGUUUUGCAGAAAUCAUUGAUUUCAAAGCGAUUUCAUCGUAUAUGUUAUCCAACUGAAACACUUCGUGCACGUCUUCAAGAAUUACGUGCUCGUCGUGCUGAUUUAGAAAAAAUUCGUGAAGAAGUUAUUAAACAUUUAAAAAAUAUUCAUAAUCGAAUAACAUUACGACGAAAAGAAGCACGUGAUAUGUGGAAGAAAAAAUAUUUUUUUGAAAAGAAAAAAACUCCACCAUUAGAAGAACGUGUUAUGUUAUUAAAAAAUGAAUUAGAACAAAUACAUAAUAAAACAAUUCAAACAAUUGAUGGUGAAGCAAAACAUGCAAUGCAGAUAGGUUAUACAAAAGAAGCUGAAAUUGGAAAUUAUAUUGUGCAAAUAACACGUACUCAUCAUAAUAUUCAAGAUAUUCGUCAUCAAGUUGAACAAGCAAAAUUACGAUUAACAACUGAUGUUAAAUUACGAAAUCAAGCUGAAUGUGAAUGUCGUUCAUUAAGACAUGAAUUAAAUCAAGCUAAAAUGAACUUAAAUCAUAUAAAGACUCGUGUUGGAGCUUAA